CCUCUGUACAAGAAUAGUUCUACAUUGAGCUCGCUUGAGUAGAUUUCACCAGUUUGUUCAUCGAGUCACAGCGAUAAGCUACGAGAAAAAAUGGCUCUCCGUGUCACAAGGAACACUCGCCUGGCCAGCAGCGAGAAUCAGAACGCUCUGCCCGGAAAAGCAGUUGUAGCGAACAAGCCCGGACUCAGACCGAGGGCCGCGCUGGGGGAGAUUGGCAACAAUCCGCAAACACGACAGGCUUUGAAGAAGAAGGAGGUGAAGGUUGCACCCGCCGCCGAGGUUGUGGUUGAGAAGGCACCUGUGGUUCAACAGCCCAAGAAGGAUUCUCCUAAGGUUCAACAUGGCGUUAAGGUUGUGUCUGAGCCCUCCUCUCCUGUUCCUAUGGAAACCUCUGGCUGUGCUUCAGAUGAUCUGUGUCAGGCAUUCUCUGAUGUUCUGCUUAAUAUCAAAGAUGUGGAUGCAGAUGACUAUGAUAAUCCCAUGCUUUGCAGUGAAUAUGUCAAGGACAUCUAUUUGUAUUUGCGCCAGCUUGAGACUGAGCAAGCUGUAAGGCCAAAAUAUCUGGCAGGCAAGGAAGUUACUGGGAACAUGCGUGCAAUUCUUAUCGACUGGCUUGUGCAAGUCCAGAUUAAGUUUAGGCUGCUUCAGGAGACCAUGUACAUGACUGUUGCCAUCAUCGAUCGCUUCCUUCAGGAUCAUCCUGUUCCAAAGAAGCAGCUCCAGCUUGUUGGUGUGACAGCCAUGUUCAUUGCAUCAAAAUAUGAAGAGAUGUACCCACCAGAGAUUGCAGACUUUGCUUUUGUGACGGACCGAGCAUACACAACCAGUCAGAUCCGGGAGAUGGAAAUGAAGGUCCUGAGAGUCCUCAACUUUGGUUUUGGAAGACCUCUGCCACUACAAUUUCUCAGGAGGGCAUCUAAGAUUGGAGAUGUCACUGCAGAACAUCACACAUUGGCAAAGUAUUUCCUGGAGCUCACCAUGGUUGAUUAUGACAUGGUCCACUACCCUCCCUCUCAGAUGGCUAGUGCUGCUUAUGCCCUGACCCUGAAGGUCUUCAACUGUGGUGACUGGACCCCUACUCUUCAGCAUUACAUGGGCUACACUGAAGAUGAGCUGGUUCCUGUGAUGCAGCAUAUUGCCAAAAAUGUUGUGAGGGUCAACGACGGCCUUUCGAAGCAUCUGGCUGUGAAAAAUAAGUACUCCAGUCAGAAGCAGAUGAGAAUUGCCACAAUCUCUCAGCUCAAGUCCUCCUUGAUCAAAGACCUGGCUAAGCAAAUCUCUUAGUUGGGGUUAUGCUGAAGAGACUUAAGCACUGUGUGCUGCCUUGUAAAAAUUGUAACUUAUGCAUGUUUUACUGUUGAACCUUUUUAUUGCAAUUUAUUUUACGGAAUUUCUUCACUGCCAUGGGUUGAGCAAAAGUAAUCUUUUAAUGAUUCGAAGUGUUUAUGCAAGUUUGUACAUUUUUUAAUUCAAAUAAACUUUUUAAAGUUUUAA